AUGGACAUGGACAUGGACAUGGACAUGGACAUGGACAUGGACAUGGACAUGGACAAUCUAUACAUCCCCAAUACUAUUCCCGUGGAUGAGUCCUACGGUCGUGUCCAAUUUGGAUUGGAUGAUGAAGUUGAUUCAGCCUCAAUUUAUUCGGUAGCCUCAUCUGCGUACAACUUCAGGAUCGAACAUGGCCGUCGAUACCACGACUAUAAAGCUGGUCACCCCUUUCCUUACGAUGCAGUUUCGGAAGAAAACGAGAUCCUUAUGCACCACAUGAUGCUACUGCUUCUAGACAACAAGGACUAUCUAUCUCCCAUUCCUGAAUCGUCUCUUCGUUGUGUUGCCGAUGUAGGAUCGGGAUUAGGUCUAUGGGCCGAAGGAGUUGCUGAGCGAUAUCCAAAUGCGAAGGUUGUGGGAAUCGACACGACUCCCCACGAGCGAUCUAUUAAUCCAAACUGUUCCUACAUUAUGUCGGAUGCAACUGAAGAAUGGGUUCUAGAUAAUCCUUCCAUGAAAUUCGAUCUGGUUCAUAUUAGGUCACUAUUUGGAGUAAAGGACUGGCCUGAGCUGUACACACAAUGCUUUGAGAAUAUGCGCUCCGGUGGAUGGAUCGAACAGAUUGAAGUAGAAAUCAACGCUCAAUGCGACGACAAGUCCGCCCUUGUACAUAGUAAAGUCAAGGAGCUCUGUACAUUCACCAAGCAAAUGGGGCUAGCCUCCGGACGGGACCUUUAUAUAUCUAAGAGUAUGAAGGAAUUGAUGGAGCAAGCCGGUUUCGUGAAUGUUCAAGAGCGAAAACUCAAACUACCGCUAGGGUCGUGGGCCACCGAUCCAAAAUUAAAAGAUGUUGGAAGAUUCUACGAGCGCUUCUACAAGACUGGCCUCCAAGGAUGGUUAUUGCAGAUUUGUACCCGGACUUGA